UUUUGUAUCCUUGUGAAAAUUCCGGUCUCAUGCGUAUUGGCCCCCUCUAUCCUGAUAGUCAUAGGUCUUUGAAUCAGAAAUAGUAGCAAACAAUCUGCUAGAGCAAAAGAGGGACACGAAAAAAAUGCCGCACGAAAAGAAUCCUCUCAUUCGUGGCGUUCAACUUUCACGGGGAGCAGUAUGAAGCCACAUAACCCCGGUUCUACUGGGUGCGAUACGGGAACUUUUACUGACUGCAGAAUUGAAUCUAGGUCCAUUUCGGGUUUAUGAUGCGGUAUACCUGGUAGGAUUUCUCUCCCCGAGGCCCCCGAUGCCAGCUCAGCGGGGUCCUAUAUGUCGUCAAUCCCAGGGUCCGCUGAAGCUGAGCCAUGCUAAGCUAAGCACAACCAUAGCAAAGGACGAUAAUUGGUUAUCUCGUCAACGUAAGCGAUUGGUUACUAAGUAUCAUGGCUCAGCCCCCCUGGCCCCUUGAAUAUGCCUUCCGCUACGACUUUUGGAUACCAUGAUGCGAGCACCACGGUGAUCGUGACGAAGGCCUACGGGCGGCACCCCCGAGCAUAGCCUGACACCGGAACAUAUAAAAAUUUCGGGAAGGAUGGUUUUCGCACAAUGAGCAUGCGUCCGAGCGGUCAAAGUCGCGACAACUUUCUCAAAUCGUCUAAAUCAUAAUCAUCAUGGUCGGCAUCCCGAAGAGCAAUAGGUGCGAAUUCUGCAGGUUUAGGAAGACUAAGUGUGAUGAAGCAUGGCCAACUUGUGGAACCUGCAAAAAAGCAGGCAAGGAAUGUUCGGGACCGUCUAAGCGUGUCAAAUUCGUACACAAUGGGAGACAUUCUCGCCAGGGCAAAUCGGUAGAUGAGUUCUCUCGAGAUAGUACCACCGAUACGAGUCAGACAGACGAAGCAUCGGAUACAAGCUCAACAACGAGUCUUGUGAGUCUUAGAAACAGGACUACUACAAGCGGCGCAACGUUCUCCAAACUGAGAUUAUAUCAUCGGAAGUCAGCGAUACCAAAUAAGUUGCCCGGGAGUCAAGCCGACAUAUUGGCUGGUAAAAUCAUAACUUACCUGAAGUCCAGUGAGGGGACGGGGUAUAGUCUUGGCAUGUUCCUGAGCACUUUGGUGUACACGCCGCCCCUGCUCGAGAGACAUGAGGCUCUGUUCGACGCAACCAAUCUCCUGGUAUCCACGUGGCUAAAUCUAUGCCAAGGAACGGGUCCACAGGAGAUGUUCGAUCUGAGAAGUUAUAGUCGUGCGCUGCGCAGCUUACAGAAGGUACUGGAUGAUCCACAAGAGCAGACCUCCACCGCUACCUUGGCUGCGACCAUCUAUCUUCAAACGGCAGAGUUUCUAUUUGAUUAUGCUAGCGGUAUCGACCGGAUAUCCCACUCCAAUGGGAUCCACACCAUCAUGAUGCAGAGAGGGGCGCCUAAGCCUGGAGACAACUUCGGCUGCCAACUCAUCCUCGACUCCUUCGCUUACUUAUUCAAACCAAUCUUGACGGGUCGUAUCGACAAUUUCUUCCUCAAGCCGGACUGGUACAACGCAAUCGUGGCCUUCUUCGGGCAAUGGAAAACCCGGACACCCAGGGUCGUAGAGAUGUCUAAACUUCUAUACGAAUCAACGCGUGUCGCAGACGCUGUAAGGGAAUUCUGCAUCAUCCGCAAGACCCCCGCUCAUCUCCGGGACAUGCAAGAAGUCGAGACUCUCAGCAUGACCAUCGAUGAGUUACGCGCUAGUUUUCACUCUCUGGACGAAUCCACCGUCCAGCCCCUAUUCGAGAACAACAUGAUCCACGAAGUCGAAGACCCAGACUGUCCGCUGGGCAUAAGCUACCGGUUCCCAAGUAGCAUCAUCGCGCUACACUGCGCCAACAUGUCCACAUUCAUCGUCGCGCUAUCUCGGGCCAAGCAAGAGAUCAACAAUAUCCUAGGUAUCGCCGACCCGACGCUAGAAGUAGACUGUCUGGAGUGGAGCGCUAAAGUCUGGAGGACGGUACAGUAUAGUCAGAUGUUAAGACCGCUGGGCGCGAUCGCGUUUAAUAGCUCGAUUUGUGUGUCGUAUAAAGCGGCGGGUCCGGAAAUGCGGACGUAUUUACUUAAGGCUCUGAAUCAGGCGGAUGGUUAUCGUAGACAGUCUGCUCCGAGGUGGACGGAGGAGACUAUACUUUCGCAGCAUUGGAAUGCGUUGGGUCGGUGAUCCAUCUGGGGUUAGUAGUAUAUUAUCCUUAGACUAUAUUUACGGUAUGGAAUGAGAUGGAGUGAAGGUUUAGGGGAUUUUCCCAUGUAUACCUAUCUUGGGAUUGUGUUAUGUUUUUAGUACCUGGGUACCUAAGGUAAUCAAGACUACCUAUAUGUAGGUAGGUAAUGUUUUAGUCGCUAUACCAAAGUUCUAAACAACGCCGUUUUAAUGUUUAUUGGCGUAAUAGAGAAGCAAUAAGUUAAUAGUAAA